CACUUUUCUUUUUUGUUAGAUCUUGCAUUAAAAAAAUUCUGUACAUUUGAGAAACAGGAGACUACAUCUAGAUUAUCUAGAGAAUCUAGAUCUAGAUCAAGACUAGGUCUAUUAUUUUAGAUCUGUAGACUCUAGAUCUAGUUCUCUCUAUAUAAUUUAAAUAUAAUAUUAUACCGUAUAGUAAGUAAGUUAUACUACUUAUUCAACUAUGAACUAAUUGUGUAGUAGUCAAGUGUUCCAGAUCUACUAUCUACUAUAGAGUAGUCUAGAUCUAGACUAGAAAAGAAAGAUAAUCAAGAGUCAAGAGAUUCUAAAUCUAGAUUGUGAAGUGUGAAAAUUAUAAGAAAUGGCUGGAGGAAAGAGAGAUAAGAAAGAAAAAGAACAAAGGAAAUCUAAGAAGGCAAAAUAUGAAGCAGAAGUAGAUGAAGAGGAGGAAGAAGAAGAUGAAAUAGCAGAUAAAGAAGCAGUUCCAGCAUCUGCAUCUCGAGAAUGUGUAGAAGCAGCUCCAAAAGAUGAAUUUGGUGCUUUUGAUUAUAGACAAACUCUAGAGCUAAAAUCAGAUCAUAAAUCCAGACCACUUUGGAUUGCUCCAAAUGGUCAUGUGUUUUUAGAAUCGUUUUCCCCUGUGUAUCGACAUGCUCAUGAUUUUCUUAUUGCCAUUUCAGAGCCAGUAUGCAGACCAACACAUGUACAUGAAUAUAAAUUAACAGCUUAUUCCCUUUAUGCUGCUGUGUCAGUUGGAUUACAAACCAAUGAUAUAAUUGAGUACAUGCGAAGACUUUGUAAAACAACACUGCCUAGUGGCAUUGUAGAAUUUAUUAAGUUGUGUACCCUAAGCUAUGGAAAAGUGAAACUUGUACUUAAACACAACCAAUACUUUGUGGAAAGUCAAUACCCAGAUGUUCUUCAAAAGCUUUUAAAAGACCCAGUUAUUCAGCUAACUCGUAAAAAAGAAUUAGAAACUGGAGAAGUAGCAGAAGAGUUCAUAACAGGUCAGGUCACAGGAAAAUCUGCAUUACAACUAAAUAAACAGCCAUUAAGGCCAGGAGAUCAAGCAGGGCCAUCAACAGCUGCUAAUGGAAACAAUGAAGAGACCAAGGAAGAUGUUCCUGAAGAUAUUUUUGAACUUUACGAUAAAUUAGAUAAAGAGGAUGAUGAUGAAGACGAGGGUCAAUUAAAAACAGUUUCAUUUGAAGUUAAUCCUGAAGAAAUUGAAACAUUACAAAAAAGGUGCAUUGAAUUGGAACACCCUCUUUUAGCAGAAUACGAUUUCAGAAACGAUACAUUAAACCCUGAUGUUAACAUUGAUCUGAAGCCAUCCACAGUCCUCAGACCUUAUCAAGAGAAAAGUUUACGCAAAAUGUUUGGCAAUGGAAGGGCCAGGUCUGGAGUAAUUGUUUUGCCUUGUGGUGCUGGUAAAACUCUUGUAGGUGUGACAGCUGCAUGCACUGUUCGGAAGCGCUGUAUUUGUCUGGCUACUUCAGGUGUCGCUGUUGAACAAUGGCGGUCUCAGUUUAAGAUGUGGUCUACUGUUGAUGACAGUUUGAUCUGCAGAUUUACGUCAGAUGCAAAAGACAAGCCAAUGGGUUGUGCUAUUUGUAUCAGCACGUAUUCUAUGUUAGCUCAUUCAACUAAAAGAUCAUAUGAAGCUGAAAAUGUCAUGAAAUGGCUCAAAACUCAAGAAUGGGGUUUAAUGGUUCUCGAUGAAGUGCAAACAAUUCCUGCCAAAAUGUUUCGUCGAGUUCUUACAACUGUCAAUGCUCACUGUAAACUGGGAUUAACUGCCACUCUGGUCAGAGAAGAUGAUAAAAUAGCUGAUCUCAACUUUCUGAUUGGUCCAAAACUUUAUGAGGCUAACUGGAUGGAGUUGCAGAAUUUAGGCUACAUAGCUCGUGUCCAGUGUGCAGAGGUUUGGUGCCCUAUGAGCCCAGAGUUCUAUAGAGAAUAUCUCAUCAUGAAAUCUCAAAGGAAAUUACUCCUAUCAACUAUGAAUCCUAACAAAUUCAGAGCCUGUCAGUUUCUCAUUCAUUACCAUGAAAAAAGAAAUGAUAAAAUUAUUGUUUUCUCUGACAAUGUGUUUGCCCUGAAACAUUAUGCUGUUAAAUUAAACAAGCCAUAUCUUUAUGGUCCAACUAGUCAGGGAGAAAGACUUCAAAUUUUGCAGAAUUUUCAACAUAACCCAAAAGUGAACACCAUUUUUGUUUCAAAGGUUGCAGAUACCUCUUUUGAUCUUCCAGAAGCUAAUGUUUUAAUUCAAAUCUCAGCACAUGGUGGCUCUCGUAGACAAGAAGCUCAGCGUUUGGGGAGAAUUCUUAGAGCUAAAAAAGGCUCUGCUGCAGAAGAAUACAAUGCUUAUUUUUACUCCCUGGUUUCACAAGACACUAAUGAGAUGGCUUUUUCUUUGAAACGUCAAAGAUUUCUGGUCAAUCAAGGCUACAGUUACAAAGUGAUUACAAAAUUGGAAGGCAUGACUCAGGAAGAUUUAUUUUAUCGUACAAAAGAAGAGCAAGUACAACUUCUUCAAAAGGUUCUGGCUGCUUCGGAUGAAGAUGCUGAGGAAGAAAGAGCCUUAGGAGAAUUUCCAAGUAAAUCUUCGUUUAAUCGCAAAGUUGGUAGCAUGCAAUCAUUGUCAGGUGCUGAUGAUGCCAUCUAUAUGGAAUAUUCUGGUAAAGGUCGAACCAAAAAAUCUGACCAUAUCCAUCCAUUGUUUAGAAAAUUUAAGAAAGUGUAGUUUAUUUUCUUUGCAAAACAUUGAUACCUACUUUUUCCUAAUUUUUGUGAAUCUAUAAGCAAAGCAUUUUUCUGAAAACCUCUGAUCAUGUGUGGGUGUGUUUUGAAUAACAGUGUUAAAAUAUUUUUGGUCUGAAUGAUAUCUUAAAAUGUUUAUUAAUUUUGUAUAUAAUAAUUGUGUAUGUAUUUCCAUUGAAAAUAUAUUAAUUUUGUGCAAAACACUUAAGUUCAUGUGUUGUUGAUGACGAUUGAAUUGAAAAAGUUAAAAUAAAAACCAAGUGGAAAAAAAAACAAAA